AUGUCUAUCAUCCUUGAAGACAACCAGCCUCCGGGAUUCAUUCGCCUCGGCCCUACUUGGUAUCACGAGAUUCCAUUCCUGCCACAUGGAUGGGAAACGACCAACGACCGAGGAUCCGGGUCUCUCAAGCAUGCAGCAAUGAAAGCUCUAAUACGGGACCAGUCAAUCCUAAAAGCAGAGCUCUUCGAGCAUGUGCAUUGGUAUCUGGCCAAAUACAUCUGGGACGCCCUUGGACGAUGCAAAAAGCAGACUAUGCACAUGUGGAAGAUCAUGACUACCGCGUAUCCCACUCAGUUCCGUGAAGUCAGCCCUUACUAUUGUCUCAGCGCGGGUUCCCCCAAGAAGCCUCUGGGAGACUACAUGGGGAUCCUCAAUAGUGAGGAGAUCCGCUGGCGAGCAGUCUUGACCAUUGCAACUGCAUAUGCCUCUGCUGAGGAUUUAGCUGCUACCUCAAGUAUCAAGAACCUGGUUGCACUGGACGUGUACAACCAACCCUACUCGUCAAGACUUGCCCUUGAUCCUGUGGGUUAUAUUCAUGACGGCCAGCCCCUGCAAGAUGGGUUCGUGCGUGGCUGGAUCGAAUCAAAUAAUCUGCAGCACCUCCGCAUUCUAAGACUCUACAAUCAGCACGACGUGACCAUCUCUGCGCUGCGAUCGCUACGCGAUUUGCCCGAGCUACAGCUCGUUUUGGCAUACGAGUGUGAAAACAUCACAAGAGAAAUCAAGAAAAAAGGCAGGCCUGCAAAGGGCAUGACUGAGAUUGGCGUGGAGGGCUGGUCUGCCUGCAGGCUUGAUUGGCUUCGGGAUAUCGAGAAGACGAACGUCCUGGAUCAUCUCAUGCCUCUUCUUCAUGCAUACAAAUCCAACAUCCAGGGAGUUAAAGAUGUGAAACCGCACAGAGAAUCAUCGUUAAGCUCAAAUUUACCGAUUCUGGAGUUCAAGCUUCCUACCAUUGAUCACAGCAAAAGGGAGAUGCUGGCUAUACGCUCAAAAUACAGUUCGAUGUCAAUUGUCAUGUUUACGCGGGAUCCUGUGCGGCUGAAAAUGGACGGAGAGAAGAAGCGGAAGCGUGAAAGGGACAAGAAGAGAUUUGAAGGGGCUGAGGUUUCUGAAGGUAGUAAUCGUCCUAUCAAGCGAGCGGUCAUGAAGGACAGAGGAAUGGAUAUUUCGAAGACCUUGAAUGCCUUUUUCUGA